AUGAGGAUCAGCUUCGUCUGUUUAUUUGCAGUGCUGAUAAACAAAGUGUCUCUGGAUGUCACAGUAGAGGGUGUUACUGGUGGUUCUGUUGUCCUGCCGUGUUCUUCAACUGAACAUGAUCUUAAACUUCAAGACACUGAUGUGCAUUGGAGACACAAUGGCAGCAAGAUUGUGUUUGAUAUAAUUAAGGCUGAUGAGUCACUAGAGAAACAGGACCAAUGGUACAAGAACAGAGCUGAAACUUUCCCUGAAGAGUAUGUGAGAGGAAACUUCUCCAUCAAACUCUCUGGUCUCACUCACGCUGAUGCAGGAAAAUACAUCUGCCUCAUAACACCCUCAGAUGAACAGGAGACUGUAGAGCUGAUCAUCAACGACUUUUUUGUUGCAGAACCAACAACAGAAAAAGUAAACAAAACCAUUGAUCAAGAAAUCCAAGAAGAAACCAGACCAGUCGAGAAAUCAUGGCUUUGGAUCCUGGUUGGCACUCUGUUAACCAUACUGUCUAUACUUGUCAUUGUAAUUAUCUUUAGAAAAAAGAUCUCAAGCUGCCUUAUGUCAGGUGAACACGGCAUGGGUUCAGACACUCAUGAGGUUGUGAACCCUGGCCCGUAUUAUAAAUCAGUAACUGCUGAUGAUCGUGAUGAAGCAGCUAAAGCAGGUGAAUGACACAGAUGUGCAGCUUGGCGCUCCGGCAGCAACUGCAUGAGCUUUCUCCUUAAACAAGGAGUCAGAGGAGGAAGUUGGUGCUUUUAUUGUUGCUGCCGCAGUGAGGAUGUUACUGUAUUACUGUAUUUUCCUUAUCUGCACACUUUAAGGCUACCUAGCAGUCUAGAGUAACUUGGUCAUAUAUGAUUUCGGGCAAAUUCAAGCAGAUUCUCAAACAUUUUCAGCAUUUUUUUUUAAUUAUUGUAAGCUCGCAAGGUACUCCGCUCAUCAUUAAGUCACUAGGGAGAGCCUAUAAUAAUUGCUUUACAGCUGCUGGGAUGGAUUUUGUUGGGAAACUGAAUACUGAACCAUUAUUUUUCUGUGUGUGUGUAAUAUCUGUAAAUUACGGCAAGAAGGUCAGGCGAUCACAAUAUGCAGUUGACUAUGCUAAAGUACCUUGAAGCCACAAAAAAUGAACCUUGAACCGAAAAAGGUUUUCAAACAAAACGACAGUACCCAUAGUAAAACACAAAUCUAUGUUGUUUGGCUUUCUAGAAAUAUGCUUCAUUUGCAUAACAUCACAUUUGCUGUUCUUUGACAAGGUUCAUAAAUCAAUGUUUAUGUUGGUAACAUUGCCAGUCUAUGCUACGCUGAUCUUCUUGUCUUUAAAUAGCCUACUGUGUUAAGUCAAAACAACAGUGACACUGGUACUUACCUGUUCAUGACAUUUUUGUAAAAAAAAUAUUUGUUUUUCAUUCGUUAUUUAUUUAUUGAUUUAUUUGAUUUUAGGAGUGUUUGAUGUUUUGAUGUCAUUAGUGUCAUUCGCACUGAUAAAGGAUCACCCGUAACCAAGGGCUCAAUGUAUAGGCCCUUUUCCCCACAUUAAAAAAAACAUGCUUUG